CAGUACACGUUACAUCCGGCAUAUUUCUUCGUCGGUGGAAGAAUUUUCCCAGGGUGCAGACAUGGCAGCCUUUUCUGAAAUGGGUGUGAUGCCUGAGAUUGCUCAGGCGGUGGAGGAAAUGGACUGGCUACUUCCAACAGACAUUCAGGCUGAGUCCAUUCCUUUAAUUCUUGGAGGAGGGGAUGUGCUCAUGGCUGCAGAGACCGGUAGUGGGAAGACUGGGGCCUUCAGCAUUCCGGUCAUUCAGAUUGUGUAUGAAACACUGAAGGACCAGCAGGAGGGGAAGAGGGGGAGAGCAUCGGUUAAGACCGGUGGUGCAGUAAUGAACAAAUGGCAGAUGAACCCUUACGACAGAAGCACAGCUUUUGCGAUUGGUGCGGACGGGAUGUGUUGCCAAAGCAGAGAGUUUAAGGAGUGGCACGGGUGUCGCUCCACAAAAGGCGUAACCAAAGGGAAGUAUUAUUAUGAAGUGUCUUGCCACGACCAAGGUCUGUGUCGAGUGGGAUGGUCCACCGCCAAAGCAGCCUUGGAUUUAGGCACAGAUAAGUAUGGAUUUGGAUUUGGAGGAACGGGGAAGAAGUCUCACAACAAACAGUUUGACAGUUAUGGAGAGGAAUUUACCAUGCACGACACCAUAGGAUGCUGCCUGGACUUGGACAAAGGUCAUUUGUCAUUUUGCAAAAAUGGGAAGGAUUUGGGUUUGGCCUUUGAGACCCCUCAGCAGUUAAAAAACGAGCCGUUCUUUGCUGCUUGUGUCUUGAAGAAUGCGGAGCUGAAGUUCAAUUUUGGUGAAGAAGACUUCAAAUCUACUCCCCCGGAAGGCUUCACGCCUCUUUGCCAAGCUUCAGAGAAAUACUGCGUGAAGUCGAGUCAAUCAGGAACCGCCCAGGUGAGUCAGGUGAAGAACAUGGCCAACGCGCCGAAGGCCCUCAUUGUCGAACCCUCCAAGGAGCUUGCAGAACAGACGCUGAACAACGUGAACCAGUUCAAGAAAUACGUGGAGAAUCCUCAGCUGCGGGACCUAUUAAUCAUGGGAGGGGUGGCUGCCAAGGAACAGCUCUCUGUGCUGGAACAAGGGGUCGACAUCGUUGUGGGAACGCCAGGUCGAUUGGAUGACCUCAUAUCGACCGGAAAGCUCAGCCUGUCGCAAGUGCGGUUCCUGGUCCUGGAUGAAUGUGAUGGGCUGCUUUCAGCAGGGUAUACUGAUUUCAUCAUGAGAAUCUACAACCAGAUUCCCCAGAUCACAUCUGACGGGAAGAGAUUACAGGUGAUCGUGUGCUCGGCGACGCUGCACUCCUUCGAUGUGAAGAAGCUGUCGGAGAAGAUCAUGCACUUCCCCACCUGGGUGGACCUGAAGGGGGAGGACUCCGUCCCGGAGACGGUCCAUCACGUGGUGGUGCCCGUGAACCCCAAAAUCGACCGGCUCUGGGAGCGCCUCGGGAAGAACGCCAUCCAGACGGACGAAGUGCACCUUAAAGACAAUACCAGGCCAGGUGGCAGCACACCAGAGAUGUGGUCCGAGGCCAUUAAGAUCCUGAAGGGGGAAUACGUGGUGAGAGCCAUCAAAGAACACAAGAUGGAUCAGGCCAUUAUCUUCUGCAGAACUAAAAUAGACUGCGACAACCUGGAGCAGCACUUCAUCAAGCAAGGAGGAGGACCUGACAGAAAGGGACACCAGUACUCUUGCGUCUGUCUCCACGGUGACAGGAAACCCAAUGAGAGGAAGUACAACCUGGAGCGGUUCAAGAAACAGGAGGUGAAGUUUCUGAUCUGUACCGAUGUGGCUGCCAGAGGGAUUGACAUCCGCGGCGUUCCGUACGUCAUCAACGUCACUCUGCCGGACGAGAAGCAGAACUACGUCCACCGUAUCGGGAGAGUCGGGAGAGCUGAACGGAUGGGUUUGGCCAUAUCGAUGGUGGCUAUGGAGAAGGAGAAGGUGUGGUACCACGUGUGUGCCAGCAGGGGGAAGGGCUGCACUAAGACCUGGCUGAAGGAGGAUGGAGGAUGCACCAUCUGGUACAACGAGAAGGAGCUCCUGUCCGAUAUCGAGGAGCACCUGAAGUGCACCAUCACGCAGUGUGAGCCGGACAUCAAGGUGCCCCUGGACGAGUUCGACGGGAAGGUGACCUACGGCCAGAGGAGGGCCACUGGAGGUGGGAUGUACAAGGGGCACGUGGACGUUCUGGCCCCCACGGUCCAGGAGCUGGCCAAUCUGGAGAGAGAGGCCCAAACCUCCUUCCUGCAUCUGGGCUACCUGCCCAAUCAACUCUUCAGGGCUUUCUAGAGGGCGGGACCACCAUGAAACAAGCACUACAGCGUAUUUACAGCAGAAAUCUACAGGAAUUUGGUUUAUUUGCAGCUUAGCUGAAACACUUUUAGUUUGAAACAAUUAAAAAAUAUAUGAUUUCAUCUGUAAAAACAAACAAAUAAUUGAAUUGAAUGUGGCUUAUGUUCCACACGGUUAAUGAGCUUGAAAUAAAGUG